AAUGCCUCUGUGCUUCCUCUCCGUACGUCCUCCUCCGCCUCCACUCAUUACCUGCCACGUUUCCCCAAGCGCAGUGCGCGCUCCGCCUUCUGCUUCAGCUCCAGCAGCUCCUUCUCGCUCGUUAAGCCCCAACGCAAACCCUCCGCCCUCGCUAACCUGCGCCCUCCACUGCCCACACUUCGAAUCGUGCUCCGGGUGUACCCACGAGUUCAAUCUCCACCGUCCGGUCAUCAUUGACGAGGCUACGGAGUUCUUCAAGGCCGUUGGAGUCUCAGAUUUUACAUUCGACAGUUGCAAACUGUGGGGAUGGAGGUGUCGUGCAAAAUUAGCCGUUCGUGGUUCAUCAGAAAACCCUCUGAUUGGGCUUUAUCAGGAGGGCACUCAUAAUGUAGUAGAUAUUCCUCAAUGCAAAGCUCAUCAUCCAAGUAUUAAUGCCGCGGUGGAGCUGCUUAAACAAGGUAUUACUGAACUAAGCAUUGAGCCAUAUGAUGAAGAUGAGGGAACGGGUGAUUUACGUUAUGUGCAGAUGGCCGUGACAACACAUGAUACAUCUCUUCCUGCCUCCGAAAGAUAUAAAAAUGGUAAAGUGCAGGUAGCUUUAGUAUGGAACUCAAGAAAUGAAAAUUCCCCGAAUUCAGAAAAACUGAAUGCCUUGGCUAAUUUUAUAUGGAGAAAUGGCGGGACAAGAAGCAAAGUCAAUCUGGUUCACUCUGUAUGGGCCAACUUUCAGACAUCAACAAACAAUAUAAUUUUUGGGAAUAGAUGGAGACAUCUUUUAGGAGAAAGAGACUUCUGGGAACAUGUUGGAGGAAUUGAUAUCUCCUUGGCUCCAUCCAGUUUUGGCCAAGCAAACACACGGGCUUUUGAUACC